GCGACCUGACUGUGCCUCAUCUCAACACCCUUUCCCUCCCUCUCCCCCUCCCCGCUACCACCCUCGCCUCGGUCCUGCCUUUCCAGCUUCCCCUCCCGAGCGGGCUCGAGGCUGAUCAUCGAGGAGCUCCAGUCGUCGAGUCGGCCUCACAGGCCGCGCCUUAGUGCAGGUUCCUCACUCACCCCCCGCCCUCGCUUUCCUCCGGAGGAUCCUGGGGGGAAGGUGCCAGCGCCCCGCCCCGCCCCGCCUCCAGCGGCGCCCCUCCCCUCCCCGGCUGGGGCGGGGCCGCGCCGGGCUAAGCGGCUGGGCUGGGGCUGGAGCCGGGCUCUCGCCCCGGCUACCCGGAGUCUACCCCGCACCGCCCAGGGGCCGGAGCACUGAGUGAGGCGGAGCGCGGAGGGAGGAGCUGCUGCCGCUGCGGCCCCGCCGAUUCGUCGCCCGCCUGGGUUCCAUGGACCUGUCGCCGAUCCGGGCCCGGGAUGUUGCGGGGGAAGCGGGCCGCCCCGGCGCGCCCUCCCUACCCUGACCGACGGGGCGGGGGAAUGGGCCGGCAGCAGCCGUGCUGAAGAGCGGCCACCCGCCUGCCCGCCCGCUACCGCCGCCUGCCUUGCUCGGCCCUCCGACCGAGGCUCCGAAGCGCUUCCGGGCCCCACGGGCCGCACCGACUUGUCCCGGCCUGCCUGCGGCGCGGCCUCCUUGCGCUUCCUCCAUCCCGGACCGAGCCCAGGCUUCUUCCCCGGCCCCGUCCCAAGUCCCCGGAGCAUGUCCGGUCGUUGGAGUGGGGCCCGGAGGCCCGGCCUGGUCCUCCUGGCCGUGCUGCACUGGUGCCUGCGGGCCGCCGGGGCGGACAUCGCGAGCCAGGAAUACUAUACGGCGCUCAUCAACGUGACCGUGCACGAGCCCGGCCGGGACGGCCCCUGGACUUUCCGCAUCGACCGUGGCCGCUACGGCCUCGACUCCCCCAAGGUGGAGGUCAGGGGCCAGGUCUUGGCUCCCCUGCCGCUGCACGGAGCUGCAGAUCAUCUGGGCUGUGAUCCUCAAACACGUUUCCAUGUCCCACCUGACAUCAAACAGUGGAUUGCUUUGCUGCAGAGGGGAAACUGUACAUUUAAAGAGAAAAUAUCACGGGCUGCGCUCCACAAUGCAAUUGCUGUAGUCAUCUAUAACAAUAAAUCUAAUGAAGAGACAGUCACUAUGACUCACCAAGGAACUGGAGAUAUUGUUGCUGUGAUGAUUACAGAAUUAAGGGGUAAGGACAUUUUGAGUUAUCUGGAGAAGAACAUCUCUGUCCAAAUGACAAUAGCUGUUGGGACUCGUAUACCAGCAAAGAACUUCAGUCGUGGUUCUCUAGUCUUCGUGUCAAUAUCCUUUAUUGUUUUGAUGAUUAUUUCUUCUGCAUGGCUGAUAUUUUACUUCAUACAGAAGAUCAGGUAUACAAAUGCCCGGGACAGAAAUCAGCGUCGUCUUGGAGAUGCAGCCAAGAAAGCCAUCAGCAAAUUGACAACAAGAACAGUAAAGAAGGGUGAUAAGGAAACAGACCCAGACUUUGAUCAUUGUGCUGUGUGCAUAGAGAGCUACAAGCAAAAUGAUAUCGUUCGAAUUCUGCCUUGCAAGCAUGUUUUUCACAAAUCCUGUGUGGACCCCUGGCUUAGUGAACACUGUACUUGUCCUAUGUGCAAACUGAACAUUCUGAAGGCCUUGGGAAUUAUGCCAAAUUUGCCAUGUACUGAUAAUGUAGCUUUUGACAUGGAAAGGCUUACCAGAAGCCAAGCUGCUAAUCGAAGAUCAGCACUUGGUGACCUUGCCAGUGACAGCUCCCUUGGCCUUGAGCCACUGCGCACUUCAGGGAUGUCUCAACUUCCUCAGGAUGGGGAGCUCACUCCUCGAACAGGAGAAAUCAACAUUGCAGUAACAAGUGGGCACUUCUUUCAUCGCAACUCUUUGUCCCCUCGAAGCCUGGUUUACGAGAGCGAAUUCUCCAUGAUUGAGCCUUCCUUGGACAUGUACGAUGACAACAAAACCUGAGGAAACCUCCAUGCUUGGGGUCACUCUUUUGUUGGUUUCUGAUCAUUCUUCUUUUGUAUUCUUCUGUUGGUGUCUUGUCCUGGAGGAAGAGUUGCUGCGUUUCCCAUGUGAGGGUCGGGUUUCCAGGCUAAGAUCCAAAGUUCCCCCAAGAUGGGACUGCCCUGCAACAAUGCACCAUCACACAUUGCCCUUCCAAGGUUGUCCAGUCUCACAAGAGUGGUGAGCCACGUGUGGAUGCAAGAGGCUUAGCCCUGGCCCCCCAGGGUCCAUUGUGUACUGAAGAUGUCUUUUUAUAUAUAAGCAUGUACUGCUCUGUGUGAGUGGAGUUUGCCUUUCUAAUAGUCCUUGUGAUCAAGAGUUCCAUUGUGUGCCCAAGUCUACCAGGUGAUGUUUUUUUCCAGUAAAGAGGAUCCUGAGCCACUGCCCAGAUCUCUCUCCAUUCUCUCCUCUCUCUUUCUGUGACAAGGCGUCUUUCUGAAGAGACGGGGAAAGGAUGUGUACUUUUGUCCUUGCCACGUGACUGACCAACUGUGCUCUUGGUAAAGUGACCUAUCCUUAGAGCCGUGAUGGGUGGUGGCAGUGGAUGCUGACAGUGAGGAAUAGGCAGAAUCAUCCACAUGUUCACUUCUAACUUCCACUUUUGAGCAUGAAGUCACUUUUACAGUCACUGGAAUGUCACUCCAGCCAUGCCUGCCAGCCCACAUGCUAACAGAGAUGGGGCAAAAAAUCCCUGUCCUUUUUGGUUGCUUCCCAAGCACUCAGAAUCUCAUGCAAGAUGACCAAUGGUUAUCUGAUUUUUUUCCUCACUGGAGAGUUAAACCAUCCCAUUAUCUGGUAUGACACCAAAUAAAUCCCAUUCCCUGGUUUGGUUUGGAUAACAAGCAGCUCCCACCUGCUGGUCCUUAUAACAGCAAUGAAGACAGCAAAGGAGAAUGAACAGGGAAGUUUAUAUGUAGAUAUACAGAAAGGAGGCAUCUUGUAUUUUUGUCCAGCAGGAGAAAAAAGAAAUGUUUUGUUUUUUUUUAAGCAAAAACAAUAGGGUUAUAGGCAAGAAAGAUAUGUAUGUGUGCAUUAGACACAUAACUGCCAGCAUCCUUUGAUGAGCAAAUCAACCCAACAUAUCUAUGCACCUUUUGCUAUAAUAGUUUAAUCUGCUUCUCCAUUUUAAUCAAAGUUACUGUAUGGGAAGUUACAAAUGCUUUUGUAUCAUGUGAAUGAAAAUUUGAAUCUCUGUACAUCUUGACUUAAUUCUAACAGAGAACCCAAAGAAAGGACUCCUCUGCCUGAUUACUUUUAUGGAAUCUGUAGAACAUAAAUGGAAGAGGGGCACUUACUGUCUUUCCAUAUGCAACCAGUCCUUUUUAGCAUGUGUCCUACUCUAUCUAAUGUGUCAAAGCUGUGACAAACACAAACGGGACUUCAACCAAAACCCUCAGUGAGCUGACGCAGUGAUACUCUUUAGAGAAAAGCCUACCCUGACCUAAUUCCAACUCUCUUCUGAAAUAGUUCGAGGCUGGAGUGGGGCAGACUUUUAAGGAAUUGACAGCUUCGUUUUUUAUCUUUACCAAGCGAGGCGUGUUCUCGUUGUUUUUUGUCUGGUUUUUUCCUUUCUUUUUAUUAUGGUCCUUAUAGUGUAGAAAUAUUUUUGAUAAACUGAGUUUUAAACAAAACAAGGUUUUGGCAAGGGAAGUUUGACCUCAUUGGGUGGGCAGUUUCAGGGCAAAGUCAGCAACAGUCAUAGCUCAGUUAUUGGGAGGGGACAAGGGAGAGGAGCCAUUCAGUUUCACUUCUCCUGGGUCAUUCCCGGACCAGGAAGACAACUAUUCAUUCAAUUUCUCAGCAAUUGUUGGCUAUGCAGUACCUAGGGAGCUCUUCCAGGAGAGUGUUUAGACUAACCUCUAAUUUCAAACUGAGCCCCAGUUUUGUGGAAAUGGCCAUCUUCCUAUGCAGACACAUAAAGGAAUACCAACUUCUUCACUAGAAAGAUGGACCUGAAAAAGUCAGUCAUGAAGACACAUAACUAAAAGAUGGCAUUCCUGACUUCAAGCAAUUCCUUGGACUAAAGGAAUCCCUGCUCGGGAAAAUUCAAUGGCCAUUCACCUGCCUAAGUUUGGAUGCCUCAUCUCCAUUCCCUUUGGAACAGAUUUCUCUGGGCAGAGACACACUAGGCAUGGUUUCUUCUCCAAAUCCCUUUUUGGAUCUUCCCACCUAAGACUUUUCUCUGGUUCUGCAGUGUUACCCAAUUGGCUUUUGUAUCACCAGCAGAGUGGCUAGUUUCAGAAGAUAUGUCCAUCUUAUUUAAAAUUUUCUUCAAGAAAAUUAGCUGUGCUUUGGGAAAGAAAAGGGAUCCAAAUGGGGGUGGGAAAGGGGAACUUACUAAAGAAACAGACUAACUCCAGAAAUUUCUCAUUUCUGUCACAUUUUUACCAUUCUUCUUCCAGACCCCAUUUUCCCAGUGACAGUCAGGAUCAGCCUAUCCAAGGGUGCCUCAUCAUCAGAUAGUUGGCCACCGGGCAUUUUUUUUUAGUCUCAGCCAUCCAUGAAAACCCUCUCUAUUCAACAUAUAGAGGUUUCAAACUGCUUAGGCAGAAAGGGAUGAGCUACCUACUCUGGAAUUGCCACUUCCUUAAGUAUUGAAGUAUUCCAAACUGCAGUAUCCCUGGAGCCAGGGCUAACUGCAAAAAAGCUGCUUCCUCCUUUGGCAUUCAGUGGCUCCAGUGCUCUGACCCCGGUGGCAUAAAAUAUUGGGAUUAAGCCAUGUAAUAGGUGCUUAUCAGGGGAGUCAGUAAAUGACUUGCUGGGCCUUAGUAGCUUCCUGAGGAAGAAGCUACCUCAGAGCCCUUUCUGAUGCCCUUUCUCUGUUUCCGUACCACUUGGUACAGCCCCUGGGUACCUUGAACAGUUACAGAGGAAUCCUAUGGUUGAACCAGCAAAUUGGAUAAAGGGAUCAGACAUUCUAUUGAGAGAGGGAGCAUGUUUCUCAUCAGCAAGCAUAUUCUUUUUUACAAACCCCAGGGUGGCCUGUCUCUACCUGGACUUAGAAAGCCCUUAGUGGUAGUAGUGGACUUAGCCUUUUCCUCCCUGACUAGGAUAUUAGUUCCCUCAGAAAUUUAAUAAGGGAGAAAUAAGCUACUGUUGCUUUUAUUCUUUUUGAAUUCUGUUACCACAAAAUGCAAUCAUCUGAAUAUAUUGGUGGGAUUAUCAGCCAGAUGCAUUGACAAGUAUAAGCAACAUCACUCUUUUGAAGGGAAAAGUUGGCUAUUUUCAGUUAGAUAUUUCUCAUCCGUUCUAUAAAAAUUUGAUUCUGUGCAAUUUGUCUGGUCCUCUUACAAUUCAGGAUAUUUCAAUGACUGUAAUAAGUAUUUAUUUACUGAUGAUUGUACAUAAAUCUUAUUGCUAGACAUCUCUAGCAGCUCUUUCUAAUGUAGAGAACAGGGAGGUUCAAUGGUGAGGGAACAUAUUCUAUAACAGGGUCAUGAGUCUGGCUGUUCUCCCUCAGCCUUCUGAUGAUUCCAAGGCUGAAUCAUUUACAGUUGGCUACAGUGACAGCAUUUGAUUUGGGAUUCUCUAAUCACAUUCAUUGGUCCGAUUGGUUACAAUUCCAGACCCAUCCUGGACCAAUUAGGAAACUUCCUGUUUUACUUGAUCCUGUGAGUACCACUGCAUUCCUAUCUAAUCACUGACUAGCUUCUUUUCUCCCUAGGCCAGAAUUCAAAACAGGUAAAGAUAGGGAUCCGGCCUCCUCCAAAAUGACACAAAGAGAAGCCCUUCCAUUAUAAGCUCAUAAAUAUCAAACAGUGGCCCUAACAGAAAUAAUUCCCAUCCUGUAGUACUUUAAAGUUUAUAAACCAUUUUCCUUACAACAAUCCCAUAAAAUAAGUAGUUUCAAGUAUGAUUGUCCCCAUUGUAUAGAUGAGGAAACGGUCUCAGAAAUAAAGUGAUUUGCCUUGGGUCAGACUAGGGAAUGUUUGAGUUUAGACUUAACCCCAGGCUCCUGACCCUAAUAAUAGCAUUCUUUCUAGUAUCACAGACUAACUGUGGACCCCAUGAGCUAUUUGCAUCUAGAUAUUUUAUCCCCAAAGAGCAGCAUGGUAUUGGGGAGAAAGUCCUGAACUUGGAAUAAGAAGCACAAAAUCCAAGCUCUCCUGCUUACUCUCUGCAUGACAUUAGGCAAAUCACUUGACCUCUCUGGGCUUCCUGUUCCUCCCUUAUGAAAAUGAUAACAAGAAUCUUCCUAUUGCCUAUUUUAGAAAAGAAAAUAAUACAGACCUAGACCAGUAAAUGAGCUUGCUGUCCACAGAAAUUCUCCAAAAGCAACCUCUGUUAGGGAAAGAAAUCUAAGCUCGUCAAAAUGGUAGCAUGUGGGGCAGCUAGAUGGCUCAAUGGAUAGAGAGCCAGGCCAGGAGUUGGGAAGUCUAUCCACUGAAUCACUGACCCAAGAGAAAUGAAACAGGCCUUUCACUCAGAGAGCUAGUAGAGAAGUUAAGAUAAGUAUUCAAAUACCUACUAGUGAAAGUCAGAUUUUGAUAAAUGCUUUAAGGGUGCUACAAAGUGCUGAGGAGGAGUUCAGGGCUUUAAAGACUGGAUGGGAGAGCCACGCAAUUGCCAGGCAUUCCAGGCAAGAGAAAGGACAUGUGAGCCAAAGCCCAAGACAUGUUCAGGGAGCACCCGGCUUGGCUAGAGCCCAGCCUCUGUCGGGAUGGGUGGGAGACGUGUUAGGGGCAGAGCUCAGGAAACCUUUGGUGCCAGGCAAGGAGCUUAGACGUUUGUCCUGGAGUCUGAGAGGAGGCAGGGAGGGAUGAAAUCAGAGCUGGGCUUUAGGAUGCCAACAGAGUGGUUAUUGUGGACAGACUUCCCUUUCCCUUGGCCUUCUUAGCAUUAACGUGCCUUGGAACUAAUAUUUAAGUGUCCAUUCUAAGACAGAGAGAAGGGUCUAUUUAAAAAAGAAAAAGAAAAUCAUAGCAAGUUUCUCUUGAAAUCCAAUGACAGUAUUUGAAGGUCCUGGGUUCAGAUAUGACCUCAGACACUUCCUAGAUAUGUGAAGCCCACCCAGAGCCAGAUAUUAUUAAGAUUUGUAUAUGAACUCAAAACCCACUUUGUCUUUAGAGGAAACAUAUGCUAAACACAAAUUCUAACAAAAGUAACCAAUGUGUGGUGUUUUAAGAAUUAUGAAAGGCACAUAUAUGUGUGUAUAUAUGUCAUUUGAAACUUACAGUCCAUGAGGUAGUUACUACAACUAUAUUUAUCCUCAUUUUACAGAUAAGGAAACUGAGUCUAAAAGAUUGUGACUUGCCCGUGUUCUCACAGCUAGUAAACGCCAGAUCUUCCUCCAAGAAGUUCUGCUUUAAUUAAAAACAAAAACAAAGGCCUUCUGACUACAUGAACUCAGCCACCUUGAGAGUGAAAUUGUUUUCCCCUUCAUUUCUACUGACCUGUUUACUCAGUGUCUUAAAAUCCGCUAGCUCUUGAACAGGCCGAGGUACACGGCCAUCUGGAAGUCUGUGCAAGAGAGGAUAGAAAAUGCUUCCUAGACCAGAAACAUUCCUGUGAUGUUCAUUGAUUCCAUAGUGUACAGCAAAUAGAUAACGCUUAAUAAAUGCUUGUUGAACAUUGAAUUAAUGCGAUUGAGGUUAGGACCAAUUUCCUGGAUAACAAGUAACUAUUAACUCACAUGACAAUAAUGCUUUUAAAUUGUCAAAGCACUUUUCUCCUCUAAAGGAAGCGUUGCAAAUGUUGUUAUCCCCAGGAAGCCAAGGAGAAAAAUAAAGAGAUUUGCCCAAGAUCAGAUGGCAGUGAGUGUCAGACCUGGGAUUUGAACCAAUAUCCCCCGACUCCAAGUCCAAGGUGCUCUCUGCUACACUAUACUGCCUCUCAAGAGAACUGAAAGAGCCAUAUUGAGGAAUGUGGGCAAUGUGACAAAAGAAUAAAUACUCAAAAGAGCCAGGGUGCUAGGGAGGGGGUGGUGCAGGGAAAGGGAAAAUGUAUAUCUGCAUUUGGGGGAUGAAAUAAUCUUCUUGAUUUGUGAAGCAGCAGAAAGGAGAGGGGAAGGUGAAGACCACCAAAUUCUUGGUCCUUGUGCAUGGAUAAAUAACUUCUUAGUAAUCUUGGAUUCUAUGCCCAUGUCUUUGCCAUUAACUUGCCAUGUGGCACAUUACUUAACUUCCUUUGACCUUGCCUAUAUGCCCUGUGUGAGAUCAGCCAUUCUUGCAUUAAGGAAGGAUUUGAUGACAUGCUCUGGAAAGGGGGAAAUAGAAAGGUCAAUUCAAGAAAGCCAUCAAUCUGUAAUCUGGCCUAAACAUUUUGGGGGGAAUCAUGGUCUUCUUAGGUGGCCAAAAAUCCUAGGCACAGCACCCUCUGCAAACCCCCAUGUUUCCCAAGAGGUUCAGAAAGGAGCGCCAUUUUCCUUCAGGCGCCUCCUGGGAGUUUCAGGCACCCUCAUUGGCCUCUGGUCCUCUGAUUGAAAGAGCCAACUGUCUCUGCCAGCAAGUUCUUUGCUGACCGUGCACCACAACUAAAACAAGGACUUUGAGUCUCCAUGGACCUUCCACCACUCUCUGAGCUCGGCUGCAUAUGCUGUCUCCUAAUCCACGAAGGUCCCAGGCUUUGUCUCACUUUCUGCACCGACCCUGGUUGCUCCCUCUUGCCUAUCUCCUUUAGAGGACCCCAACCCUCACUCUGUGGUCUGGGACUGAGUGAAGGUGUUUCUUUUCAUCCGGGGAGCCCCAGAGCAUAUUAAGCUUGAUAAUCUCAUAUUGUCGCCAACCUAAUUUAUGACUACAUCCUCUUUGGCUCAGGCCCUCAUUUUUCUCUCCACUCUUAACCCAGCACAGAGAUGAAUCAGAAGCAGGAAAUCAAGAAUCUCUUUGAGAAAAGCCAAAGGUCUCUUCCUUUGGUACCAAGAGGGGCAAUUUUUCUCUGAUCUUGUACAAGUGAGCUGUGAGCAGUCUUUUGUGAGGACUUAGCUUUCAUCAUCAGUGUCCCCUUUUCAUUCUGGACCCAGGGAUAGUAGUAGGAAAAGCUUGAAAGAGGCAGGGCCAGGACCUUUGUAAAGUAAAAAAAAAAAAGGAACCAAGGCAUUUUUCUACUAAAGCUUUCACUCAACCAGAUUUCUCCAGGCCACAAUUUCCUUCUGGACUUGACUUGCUGCGCUCUCCGAUCAGCAGUGCUGCUGGCACAAUACAACCCGACACAUUCUUGAUCAAUGCCCCACUUUGCUUGCUAGGCAAGAGUGUCAGGAAGGGAAGGAUCAAUGACCUUGGUGGGACUUAAUUGGCUUUAUCUCAAGCUCAGCAAGGCCAUUCACCAGCUACUAAAGACUUUUAUGAUCAUCUUUUCUAAACCCCAGCAUUCUUUCUAAAUCAGCUGCUUGGGAGCCAGAGACAGUUUCAGCGAAUUCUCAAGAGCUAUUUUUACAUAAUUAACAGGAUGCGAGAGCUCUUUCUGCUUUCCCUGCUUUCUGCACUGGCCACCUCCUUCCUCUGGCUUUCACUUAGGCCUAUAGGAAGUGGGCACGUGCCCCAUCAGGCCAUUACCAAUAGCUGAACGACUUGGCCCAGGAGGCCUCAAACAAUCCAGUGACACCUUAUCGACUCUGAAAGGGCAGAAUCCUUUCUUUUCACCAAGCAAGCCUGCUUUUCACAGCCUAGACACAGCCAAACGACUACCCACCCAAGAUUUCUGCACCAUCAUGAUCCAGUGCCCCAGCUCUGCCUUUGGGUUGGGGAGGAUGAGGCUGAAGGGCUAGAUCUUGGGCUAGAAGGAGUAGGUAAGACCAGACCUCCGCCUGGCCGCCUACUGACAAGUCUGGGCAAUAAACUCAACACUCUAGCUUCUAAGAUGUUCUUUGGCAGAAGGGACAUGAUUUCCAGGGAAGGGGGCUACCCUGCGCAGAAUUUCAUUCGACUAAGCCUCAGAACAUCACUCUUUCUUUGUCGCUGCUAAAGGGAGGGACAGAACAGGAAAAAAGAAAAUUAUUCCACAAAGUAAAAAUAGUAUUCAUAUAAAGAGGUAAAAAGUGCUACUGCCCAAAGGCCAAAAAAACAAAAAGUUCCCACUGACAAGCUUGACAACUGUAACCACAAGCUCACAUCUAAGGUGUCCCGAGGUGGCGCCACGAUGAGCCCCUUGGCCGUGAGGCUUCACCUCUAGGAGCUCUGGGUCAGGAAAGACCUGCGCUCGAGGUCACCGAUAACUAUGCACAAAGUCUUAGAGGGUGAGAGACAAAAAUAUUUUUCUACAAUAGCACAGGAGACUCUUAGGGGGACAAGAGGGAUCUUUCCAAUAAUCCUCAGUAUGGAAAGCAGUACAUUGGCUUUGUCCUAGGAGCUAAGAGUCAAGAUUCUAUGCAUUCGAAGCUGUAUUUACUCUAGACUAGAUGGAGACAGGAACAAUGGGUGUCCUAGAUUACAAAUGCAAGGUUGGUAACUGGAUAGAAUUCUAGGUGAAAUGAGAAAGGCCUUUGCCUUCUAUGGGGACGCCACCUGCAAGGGAGUUGUCGAAGCCCUUGGAAAACACAGCUUGACAGCAGCAAAACUUCUCGGUGCACAUGUUUUGAUGUCAGUAUAAUAUAGUAGUGACACUCUGCGGUAUAUGCUGACAGGUGUAUACCUGUGGGUUUGGGUUUGCUAAUGUAAUACAUUUCAAUAAAAACCUACUGAAAACCUA